AUGAGCUCCAAUGAACAGAUGGCCGUUGAAGAAGUAGGCGUGGACUCCGAGGAUGGGGAGGCCACUGAAGUCUGCCUGGAGGGCCCAAGCUCACUGCAGGGUCUCGACCUGAGCCGUGUUGUGGGAUCUUCACAGAGUAGCAUAAGUGAGGAUGACGUCGAGACUGAGGGCAACUCAGACCUUGAGUCAGGGUCCAAGCUACCGGUGCAGGAUCACAGCGAGCAGUCUGUCUCCUCAGACAGCGACAAAGAAGACUUGAUGGCUUGCUUGCCUCUUGUCGACGACGACGACGACGAUGGGGUUGAGGAAAUGGUGCAGCAGCCAACCGACCAGAUACGCCAAAGUGUUAGAAGCUGCUCCUCCUCAAAAAGCUGUACCGCCCAACAGUCUACCCCUUGGGCAGGUGCAGAGGCCGACCGCAGCAGGAAGGGCAGGCUGGGCAAGAGAUUGGUAGACGUGAAGCGGGCCUCUGGGGCCCCUGUCCACCACAGGGGGGCCAAAGGAGGCAGGGCACACAGGACAAAAAAGAAAAAGAAAACCAUAAAGAGUAGGAAACCAGUCCCUGAGGACAUCCCAGAGCCAUCUCCCGACCCUGACUCAACCUCGGAUGAAGAGAAUGAGGUGCAAGUGAUUAGGGUGAGCAUUUGCUUCAAGAACGGAGGGCAGAUCAUAUCCAGUAAUGCUAUGGAUCCGGGAGAGAAAAUCAAAAUAGAGGAUGUUCAACCCAGGGGCAAUUUUCAUCAUAUGACUGGCUCUCUGCAGGUGGGUGCUCCCAGGAGCCAUGCAUUGGGCAUGGGAAAGCUGGGAGCCUCUUGUUCUAACAGAAAAGCAGCUGCGUCCAGAGGCAAGGAACCAAGCAAGCCCCGUUUCCCAGGAGCUGCUGCGGGUGGGCUAGUGAAGGCCAGUUCUAAGAAAAGGUCAGUCCAGGAGAAGAAAGCCCUCCAGGAUGCCCCAAGAUUCACCGGGCGAAGACCUGUCCCACAGUGUGGACAGAGAUCAAAGGCAGCUCCUGGGGAAACAGCCACCUUCCCUCCAAUAACCUGCGUCUCCACACUUGAGAAUCCUAAAAAGCACUGCGCAACACCUCUAGAAGCCAGCGAGCCUGCACAUGGGCCAUCCAGAAAGAAAGCAACAGCAAAGAAUACAAGGGAGGCCCUGCCAGCAGCCAGGGCAGACAGAGGCCUUGUGUGUCAAGAUACCGUGAAGAAUUUGGCAGCCAUGACUCCAACACCAGAGUCCUGCAAGAUCAAGGAAAAUCCCCGUGCCCGACUUCCAACACGCAGGGCAGUGCGACCUUUCACGUGCAUGCAUCGUGGAGAAAUGAGCAGUGGAGACACCAACCUCCGAGCACCCCAAGUUUCAGCAAAUUCCCAGCUCGUAGCCCUGAAGCGGAGAGGCACCAGCGCCAGAACACCUGCGCCCACUGGUGAAGCAAGAACUCAUGUUGACCCCCUGUGUCCAUGUGCCUUGGAUGUUGUGACCACCUGUGUCCCUGUACCCUUGGAUGUUGUGACCACCUGUGUCCCUGUGCCCUUGGAUGUUGUGACCACCUGUGUCCCUGUGCCCUUGGAUGUUGUGACCACCUGUUUCCCUGUGCCCUUGGAUGUUGUGACCACCUGUGUCCAUGUGCCCUUGGAUGUUGUGACCACCUGUGUCCAUGUGCUCUUGGAUGUUGUGACCACCUGUGUGCCUGUGCCCUUGGAUGUUGUGACCACCUGUGUCCAUGUGCCCUUGGGUGUUGUGACCACCUGUGUCCAUGUGCCCUUGGAUGUUGUGACCACCUGUGUGCCUGUGCCCUUGGGUGUUGUGACCACCUGUGUGCCUGUGCCCUUCGAUGUUGUGACCACCUGUGUCCAUGUGCCUUGGAUGUUGUGA